AUAAGCAACAUGUGCCCAACAACAAUGUUAAAAACGCACGAUGAAUAUAAUUAUUUUUAUUUGUUUAUCCAUUAUAAUUCCAUUUACCUGGUGCAACAAUAACUGUAAUGAUGUUAAAAAUGAAAAUUUUCAUUUUCAUUUAGCUACUAAAACACCAUAUAGAUUUGUUGAAAAUAAAAAUGUUUCCAAAUUGACAUUUCCAGGAUGUACACCACGACAAAUUUGGAUGGUCAUUAGACAUGGAACUAGAAAUCCCGGUGGGAAAUACAUCAGAGCUUUAGAUCGCUUGACUCAAAUUCAACAAAAGUUUCUGGAGAAUCUUUCGAAAUCAACAUUAUGUUUCGAAAAUUCAAAGAAUCUCCAGCAAUGGAAAGCACCUAGUGAUUUACUAGGAAAUGAAAAAUUUCUUACAAAAGAAGGGCAAAAAGAGUUAAUGGAACUAUCUAAUAGAAUGCGACAGCGACUUCCUGAGCUAUUUCCUGCAUCAUUUUCAAAUUCAUCAUAUAUGUUUAAAUAUACUAAAAGUCAAAGGACAGAACAAAGUGCGCAAUGGUUUGCUAAAGGCAUCUUUGGAUUAUUUAACAGCAGUCAAGUAUGGUAUCCCAGCCCUUUAUCUAAAGAUCCCAUAUUAAGGUUUUACAAAUGCUGUAAUAAAUGGAAAUUCGAUAUUGACAAAAAUCCAGAAAGUGUGAAAGAAAGAAAUAAAUUUGAAAAAAGUGAUCUUGUGAAGAAUUUAAUAAGAACCGUUACUGAGAGACUUGGUUUGCCAGUAAAUUAUUUAGAGUUUGAAGAUAUUUUCUACAUGUACUCCUAUUGCGCCUUUGAAACUGCUUGGAAUGAUGACAGAAAAGGUGCUUGGUGUUCAGUAUUCACAAUUUCUGAAUUCGAGGUUUUGGAAUAUGCAGAAGAUUUGGAAUAUUAUUGGAUUGAUGGAUACGGUUUCAACUUAACGCAUGAACAAGCUUGUGUUAUGAUAAGAGAUAUGCUUCAUUUAUUUGAUGUUGGAAUACCGCAAUCAGUUUUUUAUUUCACGCAUUCUGGAACAAUACUAAAAUUAAUUGCUCACUUGGGUUUGUAUAAAGAUGCCGAACAUUUAACCCAUGAAAUAAAACCUGAUAGACAAUGGAGAGUAAGCAAGAUCGAUGCAUUUGGAUCCAAUAUAGGUUUUGUUAAAUAUAGUUGUGAUAACUCUAAAAAUCCUUACAUACUCCUGUUACAUCAAGAACAGCCAAUGAAGAUUCCUGAAUGUUCAUCUAACAAUUUCUUAUGUCCAUUAGAUAAGUUCAUUGAAAUUCAGAGAACAAAUCAAGAUUUUUGUGAUUUUGCUGAUAUGUGCAGUAUAACAACCAAAAGUUGUGCUUAUAAUAUUAAAUGGUUACUUGAAAAAUUGUAUAAAUGUUUUUCAUAAAGAAUAGUAGGAUGAUACUUUUGUAUAUGAACAAACCAACUUUUUUAUAUAAACAACCAACAGUAUAAUAUUAAACUGUUAUACUGCUACUCAAAAAUGUUAUAAAUGUUUUUCAGAUAA